GGGUCGUGCUCGCGCCUCUCGCUUCGGAUUCGUUCGCUGACAGCCAGCGGUGCGGCCACAGGAGCUGUUUCCAAGGAUUGGGUUCAUCGCUAGCUAGCAACCUAACGUUAGCCACAUCAGUCAUAUUGAUAGCGGGCAACAGGAUUAUUGUUAUUAUAGAUAUUCAGAACCUAUUGUUCCCGUAGUAUCGUACGAACAUGAAUCCGUUGUGUAGCAGAUGUAACCGAGUCGUGUACCCCACGGAAAAAGUGAAUUGUCUGGACAAGUACUGGCAUAAAGGAUGUUUCAGCUGCGAGGUCUGCAAAAUGACUCUAAACAUGAAGAAUUACAAAGGCUUUGAGAAGAGACCGUACUGCAGUGCACAUUACCCCAAGACCUCCUUCACCAGUGUGGCUGACACUCCGGAGAACCUCCGCCUCAAACAGCAGAGCAAGAUGCAGAGCCAGGUGCUGUACAAGGAGGAGUUUGAGAAGAACAAAGGGAAGGGUUUCAGCGUCGUGGCCGACACACCGGAGUUGCAGAGAAUCAAGAAAACGCAGGACCAAAUCAGCAACAUUAAGUACCACGAGGAGUUUGAAAAGAGCCGGAUGGGAGGAGAAGCCCCACCCCCUGAAAGCAACACGACUCCAGCGUAUCAUCAACCAGCCAACCCUCAGAACUACAACUACCAGCCAGCUCCUGAGCCUGUGCGCUCUGCUGCUGCUGCACCACCCCCUAGUGCCGGGAAGCGGUACCGGGCGGUGUAUGACUACGCCGCAGCGGAUGAAGACGAGGUGUCUUUCCUGGACGGGGACGUGAUCGUGGACGUGCAGCAGAUCGACGAGGGCUGGAUGUACGGGCGCGUGGAGCGCACGGGCCAGCAGGGCAUGCUGCCCGCCAACUACGUGGAGGCCAUCUGAGAGCCAGAGGGAGGAGGAGGAGGAGGAAAGG